AUGCGAUCAGAGCCUGAUCCUGAUGAUGAUAUGGUAGCUCCCCAGGGUAUUUCCGGAAGGCAGGAUGUUGAGCCUGAUCCAGAUGAUCAAGAAUUACAGAGAAUCCAAGACCCUGUUGCAGUUGUUUGUGGUCGUCUGCAGAAGGCCAUUGAGAUGCUGAGAUCAGAAGUGCAUCCCUCAGAGGCUGCUACAGUCCUGCAAACCCUUUUUAAGAUAAUCCGGAACGUGAUUGAACACCCAGAUGAGAUAAAAUUCAAAAGACUUCGAAAGGCUAAUCCCAGAAUCCAAAGGGAUGUUGUGAAUUAUAAAGCUGCCCUGGAAAUUCUUACCCUAAUUGGUUUCAACGAAGACAUUGUGUUGGAUGAAAUUGGAAAGGCUGAAACAUAUCUAGUCUUAAAGCGGAACGAUCCGGGUUUGCUGUGGCUUGCCAAAUCCUCUCUGGAGACAUGCAUUGCUUAUUAG